AUGGAGGCUUCUGGUUCGAACGGCGUGUCGAGUCUCACAAACGAUAUGGUGCUGAGGGGUUUGCUGGAGCUGUUUGGGGCUGCAUUUUCUCUUGAUCAAAUCACUUCUGCGUAUUACAAGGCAGGGAAGAAUGCUGACGACGCCGCCGAAGCUCUGGCUACCUUUGCACCCAAUGGCAGAGAAACUUUUAGAUUACCUAUCAAUAGUAUCUAUAAGAAGUCGCCUUAUCAAGAAAAUGGGAAUCCCAGAGCUUCAAAGCUGAAAUAUCGGCCGGUUUCGCUGGACUCCAGUGUGUUGCCAAUGUCAGAAAAUUGGGUCGAAAACGAUGAGUCUUGUUCCUCAAGGGAUGAACAGCUCCACCAGGGCAUGGAGGAUUUUCUGUUCAGUAUGCUUGGAGUUGGGUUCAAGCUAGAGAGGGAUCAAAUUCGGCAAGUUCUUGAUGGUUGCGGAUAUGAUAUGGAAAAGAGCAUGGAAAAACUGAUUAAUCUGCCAGCAUCAACUUCUGAGAAAAGGAACGAACUCAUCAGAAAAUCCAGUGAGAAGUCUGCAUAUUUGUCCCUGAAAUAUAAAGCAUCACCAUCGUGGCCAACCUGCAGAUUCAAGGGUGCACAUGCAUGA